AUGGACUUGCGUGGAGACACACACAUGCAACGUGUGCUGCAAGAUGAGUCUCAGAGGUUGGCAGAGGACAGCUUCUUUGAACGGCCCACCAAGCUUGAGACCGUGCAAGCCAUGAUUCUCUUGGCGGCAUACUCUGAGAAAACGUGGUUCUCGACCGCCCUGAUCUUGCGCACUGCCCUUGAUUCUGGGCUUGAAAAAUCUCUAGACACACUGCUGGGCCAAGAAACGCUUCCCCGGAGCUCACUCAGUGCUACCAUGGCCGAGAGGCAACUGGUGUGGCAGACAAGAACCUGGCUCAUCAGUUUUACCUUGGAAUUAGACGUGGCCUCUGGGACCGGCCGCAAGUCCCGUAUCGCCGAGGUCGACGUUACGAAGCUCCGGAGAUUUCUCGACUAUCCUUUGUCUCUGCCAUGCGACAUGCGGACGGUCUGCAUUAUCGAGCUUCAUCAACUUCGGGGCCACUCACGCGGUGUGAUUGAUAGUUCGGGCUCCGUACGGGAUAUUGUGUGCACAGAUUUACCCUCGAUCAUGACGAAUCUCGAAAAUUGGUGGACAACAUGGGACGAAAUUCACAACAAUAAUGGCUUCCACGCCGGUGCUUUCCAGCGGAGUAGCUUGAAGCUCAUGUUGCUCUAUGCACGGAUCUUUGUUCUCUGCUCAUCUCUAGCACGGAUCCAGAAAUUGCAGCCGGGUACCUCCACUUUCGAGUCCAAAGAGAUCGACCAGAAUGUGAUGGGUCUCUGGCAAUCUCUGGUCACGACCAUCAUGGCUCAGAUGGCCUUCUUGAUUGGUGAACCCGCCUACCGUUGUCAACUCCCAUGGGCACCUACCUACCCGGCUUUGACCAUCGCCUUUGUUACUACCUUUGCACUUCGCAUCGCACGCUGGAGGCCUACGCUGAUUGACCAAAAUGUUCUCUUGGAGCGUGCGGAGAAGAUUUGUGACUUUCUCAAACAGCCGCCGUAUCCAGAUAUCCACCGCACAGUAUCUAUAUUUGUCAACUAUGCACGCGCCCUCAUUGCCAGCCAGCGAUCAUUCAGUCGCGAUCAACAGAGUCAAGACAGCAUAGAGGAGCGUCAAACGUCCGAGCCAGACAAUGGGACUGCGUCUUCCUCAUUAAGGUACCACGAGGCCCCCACACAGCAUCCUACUGCAUCGGGAUCACUCGAAGAUCUACGGCACAAAACCGAUUUGAGCAUUGGGGGCGAUCGGGAUCCACAUGCGAUCACCGCACCUGGGGGCGACUCAUCCAUGGCAGCCCGGUCAGCCCUUCCUAGGCUCCCUGAUACCAUGGAAGCCCCGAGUUGGACGGUUUCUAAUACCAUUGCGGACUCGUUUGGUUUAUUUGAAGAAGGUCAAAACGACAUUUUCGACUUUCUACCCAUGAUGCCUUCCAUUCCAUAA